AGGUAGCAGAGGAAGUUUACAAGAUUGUUCAGUUAAAUAUGAUCUGCAAAUUGUUGUAUUUGUUGCUAGAACUUUUGGUGGUAUGGAGGUGGAGUUCACUUAAAAAUAUCACACCAACUUGCAUGACAACGGAAAUCUUUCUCUCCUUUUUUUUGUGUAAGAAAACAGGAAGUGUAGAGGCUUUAACACAAACCACUGAUCUGUCAGUUAUUUUUCAGUCUGACAGAAUGGAGCUGUGGACACUCCGUAUGAUGAUCUUGCUUAUUUUAUGUAUCCAUGUUGGACAAGCUCAAGCAGAGAAUAAACCAGUUCUGACUGUGAAGCCAAACGCACCACAUAUAUUCAGAGGAGAGAAUGUUACACUCUCAUGUAUAAUUUCGGGAGGUAGUGGACCAUAUAGCUGGUACAAAGAUGGUGUUCAUGUUCACAAAUCUAAUGAAAUGUACUACACUAUAAAAGUAGAUCAGAGUAACAGAUACAGUUGUUAUGGGUUUAAGAAUGGACAGCCAACAGCAUGGAGUGAUGAAGUGACUCUCUCAGUGAUAGAAAGACCAAAAGCUGUGAUUCUGCAGCCUGAUGGAGAGAUAUUCAGUGGACAGAAAGUCACUUUAACAUGUGAAAUACGAGGACAUGAAGAAACUUUAGAUGUGGAGUGGAUGUACAACUGGUAUAAAGAUGGUGUCCUACUUUCUGCCCCUGUUGAGUACAAGGAUUAUUCAUUUUCUGCUUUCAGUGGUAAAUUCUCCUGCAUUGGAAAGACAAAAAGUGACUCACAAACUUCAGAGACCAGCCCUGCUGUUACACUCACUGUGUCAGAGAGUCCUAAAGCUGUGGUGACCAUAAAGCCUGACACACAUGUGUUCAGAGGAGAGACUGUGACACUCAGGUGUGAAAUACAGGGAGGAGGAGACACUGAGUGGACAUACAGCUGGUAUAAAAACACAUUAUACCAAGACCAGAAACCCCAGGAGUUCAGCCUCAGCUCAGUUAGAAAUGAAAACAGUGGUAAAUACACCUGCAGUGUGAGGAGACGCAGUGACUAUCAGAGCUCAGAGAUCAGUGAUGCUGUUACUCUCACUGUAUCAGAUGUAGCAGAGACAGUAAUGACUGUGUCUCCACUGAUCUGGCUGACUGAAGGAGAUUCAGUGACUCUAAGCUGUGAGGUUAAACACUCCUCUACAGGGUGGACAUUCAGCUGGUACAAAGAUGUUCUCUACACAGACAGACACGGUUCCCUCACUUAUACAACAUUUCUCCUCUCAGACAGCAGCAGAGGAUCUGGAGGCUCCUUCACUCUCAGUCCUGUUACUCUGAAUCACACAGGAGUUUAUAUGUGCAGAGCUGAGAGAGGAGUCUUUCACACACAGUACAGCAAAACACAGCCACUGUGGAUCACUGGUAAAUCUGCUCCAGUGUCUCUGAUCAUCAGACCGAACAGAACUCAACACUUUACUGCUGACUCUCUCUCACUGAGCUGUGAGGACCAGAGUAACUCUACUGGAUGGACAGUGAGACGAUACAGAUACACUGAGACAUUCGUCUAUUGUUCAUCAGUAUCAGGAUCUACAUGUAACAUCAGCUACCUCUCUACAUCACACAUUGGUGUUUAUUGGUGUCAGUCUAAAUCUGGAGGAUGCAGUAAUCCUGUCAACAUCACAGUGCAUGAUGGUGCUGUGAUCCUGGACAGUCCUGUACAUCCUGUGACUGAGGGACAUGAUCUGACUUUACGCUGUUUAUUUCGCAUCAAAAAGAUCCCAGGCUCUGGUGUUGAUUUCUAUAAAGAUGAUUCUAUCCUCCAGAACCAGACAACAGGAGAGAUGACCAUCAGUAGUGUCUCAAAGUCUGAUGAAGGUUUCUACCACUGUAAACACCAGGAGAGAGGAGAGUCACUGAAAAGCUGGGUUUCAGUCAGAGGACGAUCACAUGUAGGAGCUUCAAUGUCAGUGCUCAGACUGAUCAGCAGUCUAGUGACAGUUUCUGUGUAUCUGCAGCUGACCAUCAUUCUGGCAGUGAAAUGUUUCAGAGCUCGAGGUAAAAACAUUUUCAGUCUAUUUCACAUAAUAAACACACUGACAGGUAACAGGACAAAUGAUUUGAGUCUGUACUUCCAUUUUACCUGAACAUUACCACAAUACACACUUUAGUUAUUAGUUUACAUUACCACAAUACACACUUUCAGUAUUAAAGCACUAAAAUGCAGUUACAGUAAUGAAUACAUAAUUAAAGUCCAGAUGCUAAGAAAUAUAGUUUAGUAAAAUGAGUAUGUAAUUGUGUGAUUUCUGUAUGAUUUAAAUGACAAGAUGUUCAUCUAUUUGUAGUAAACCUUUCCAAAUUGGUUUUGAUAAUUAAAAGACAGUUUUAUGUAAUUUUUUGUUUGUUUUUUGAAUACAUGUGCAUUUUCAUUCAUUGAAAACAGUCAUCAUUAGGAAUUGUAUUCUAAUUCUAAUUGUAUA